CUACUCAAAACGUGCUCACAAUUUUUCUCUACCAAUUUUCAAGUUUCACUAUUGAAAAUCAAUAGAUUACUGUUUUAUCUGCGGAAAUUAAUUGGCAAUUCUACAAAGUAUAACUCUUUUCAGGCGAGUCUCCAAAAACUAUACAAGAUGGAUUUGUCAACAACCUGGCAAUGCGAAGUGAAUAAAAUGCUUGCUGUUAUUGAACAUCAAGUAACACUAUCGUUUGGCAUCAUCCACACAGCGUUUAAACGUAAUGGCUUAUCACUUGGCCCGGAAUUCAAGAGACAUUUCUUGAACGCUUCAAAUACACGGAUUAAAGAAACUUACGACCGGUUGGAGCUCGUAUCGAUGUUGGAAAAUCACAUGAAUGAGCGAGAUACAAAUACAUCUACAAAUGUCAACAAAGUGCUAACAAAUAUGAUAGAACCUUACACGGUGAAGGCUCUGUUUCCAAUUGAAAAAUCCAAUAAUUUUAUUGAUACUAGUGUCGGGGCAAAUUCCAAACAAUCAGCAAUCAGCCAUAGUGCAGUCAUUGAAAUUCGUGACUCAGAUGAUGAAGGUCGGGUUUCAAAAAGACCCAUUAUUGGACGCGGCGAUAGUUCAGCUUGCAUCAAGGUUGAAGAUGGCAUCAAAGCGGAACAGCCAGAGAUCGAUGACGGCGUACCAAUUGUGGUUGUUGAUGUCCCUGAUGAAAUGGUUCCAACCAUUGGAAAUGUAUCAUGCGGCAUCUUAAAUGAUAACCAAAACGUUGGCCGUCCAGGUGUCCAUGGAAUCGAAAACGGAAUCACCCGAGAUGCAAUUAGAUCAUCAAAAACUAUGAACAAAAUACCAAAUGCUUGUUCGAACAAAGGUUCACUGCCACGUUCUCAGGAAAAAAAGAAACGAGCUGGAACCAAUAUCAUCAGACCAGCGCAAAUGUCAUCAAAACAGAAGAAAGGAUGGCGCCAAAAGUGCUCACAUUGUGAGUACACAACCUGCAAUAUAGGACGUCUCAAAUCACAUAUAUGGACUCAUACAAGAAGAGAUGAAGGUGCACGUCAAAGACUUUUAAAGGAUUCAAUCAGGAGAUUGAUGAAGAUACAAACGGAAAAGGUUGUAAGACACGUCGAUAUAUGACGUAAAAAAAAUCUGUUUCUUUGAAGGCCCACAUAAAACAAUAUAUGCUACAACACACCGGCGAGAGACCUUUUCUUUGUGAAAUCUGUAUGAAAUGUUUUACAAAAAAUCGUAUUUCUUCAAGCAUUCUAAAAGAAAGGCAUAAAUGUACUUCAACAGUUUUUAAAUAAUACAACCGAAACUGAAUCUUUUUCUUGCAUUCCUUCGCUACUUAGUUCACGAGAAUGAGAUGUUUCUAUCCAUAUAUCCAAGUCUAAAUAAAUACCUUUCUUAGAUUUGUGUUACCAAUAGCAUGUAUCAAUAAAACCUUAAAUCGGCUAAUUCACAUAAAUCAUUCGAUUAAUAUC